AUGAGUGAUAAUGAGAAUGUGUCGUUUGAAGAGGAUGACGACAGACUGGUAUUAGAGGAUGAUGAUGGUGAUUUAUCGGAGAUCGAUGAUCGAUGGUGCUUGGUGGGGCGUUUCCUUACAAGACGCAGUAUCGACUAUCAAGCCAUGCAACACAAAGUAGAUUCCCUAUGGCAACCGAACCAAGGUUUGUACGUUAAAGAGCUUGACCCGAAUCAUUUUUUAUUUCAAUUCUAUCAUGAAAUUGAUAUUACAAGAGUUAUUGAUGGUAGUCCAUGGACUUUUGAUCGUGUCCCUUUUAUUUUUGAGAGAGUGAAACCGGGGGAAAAUCCCAGACAGAUUAGCCUAACUCGUUUGGACGUCUGGAUACAAUGCCAUGAAAUGAAAACUGGGUUUAUGUCCGAAAGUACUCUAAGGCAUAUGACAAAUUAUAUUGGUACUUUUGUGAAAUCAUAUCCCAAUAAUUUCACAGGAGUUUGGAGAGAUUAUCUUAGAGUUCGUACCACUAUCAACGUGGAAAAGCCAUUAAAGAAAAAGAUGACAUUGGAAAGGAAGAAUGGACAGACGUGCACAGUCCAAUUUAAGUAUGAAGACUUACCCACAUUCUGUUUUAUUUGUGGUGUAUUGGGGCAUUCCGAGCGGUUCUGUGAACGUUUAUUCGACACCCCUGCGGAGUUGAUUCAAAAAAUGUUCGAUCUUUCACUGAAGGCGGCGCCACGGAGGAGACAACAUGCCAUCGGUUCACCAUGGCUCCGAUCUGGUGCAAGUUACAGAGCCCCCGUGACUGGCGGAGGAGAGAGCUCACAGGCUGGCGUAUCAAAGAAUAAUAAUGGGGAAGAGAGUAAUCAGGGAUUGAUUGUCAAUUCACAUAAUAUGGGCAAAUUUCAACAGCUUAUACGUGGGGAUGUUUCUCAUUUAUUGGAAAAAGAUCCUAAGGCUAAGGAUAAGUCAAUCCAAGGUGGGAAUGAUGUGGCAUCUGAGGUUAUUUCAAGUAAUAAUGCUUUAUUGGUAGUGGAAAAUAAAAGAAGGAGAACUGAUGUGGAAAAGGGGUUAGGUGAGAGUGUGGUGGACAAAAAUGAUGGGCCGAAUCCUUCUUCAAUUGGGCAGGGCAGAAAUUUAAAUGGUAAUGGCAUUUUUGAAAUGUUAGACCAAGAUGUUAGUAUGCCAACAGUGGAGAAUGGGAGUCCAAAAAACUUGAAUGGGGCGGGUUCUGAUCGUGUUGAUUGGGUGGGACGGGCUUUGGGUUUUGAAGGAGUUUUUGUUGUGGAAGCCCACGGGCUUAGUGGAGGCUUGGCCUUUCUUUGGAAAAAUAAAGAUGAGGGAUCCUUAUUGGGUUUUUCCCAGAACCAUAUUGAUAUGAAAAUUGCUACACUUGAUGGAAAUUGGUGGAGACUCAUAGGGGUUUAUGAAGAGCCAAACCGAACCCAAAGAGAUCAAACAUGGACUCUUUUGAAGACCUUAACAAGGAACCCGACUCUUCCAUGGUGUGUAAUCGGGGACCUGAACAAUGUACUUAGUCAAGAUGACAAAAAAGGGGGUCGCCCAUACCCUCAAUGGUUGCUACAAGGUUUCCAAAGUUGUUUGGAUGAAUGCGGCUUGGAAGAUUUGGAUCUUUUGGGCUAUCCUUUCACUUGGGAAAGAGGUAGAGGUACUAGAGAGUGGAUCGAGGUGCGUCCUGAUCGAGCAUUGGUCACUAAUUCUUGGCGUAUUCUGUUUCCGGAAGCAUGUUUAACGAAUUUGGAAGCUUCAACAUCGGAUCACUGCCCAAUUUUUCUAGAGCCGAUUGUAAGGGUCUCAUUUCGUACUCCUCGUCGUUUUCGUUUUGAGAAUGCUUGGCUUUCAGAGCCCAUGUGUUAUCAGCUUGUUAGAGAUUGUUGGGAUACUCAAGCUAAUGAUAGUACUUCGGGUAAGAUCAACUUGUGUGCGGAGCGGGAGACGUUUUGGAAGCAAAGGGCCAAGCAAUUUUGGUUAAAAGAAGGAGACAAAAAUAGUAAGUAUUUUCAUAAAACAGCUAGUAGCCGUAAACAACACAAUACUAUCUUGCAACUUAAGGAUGAUCAUGGUACUUGGGAGGUAAUUGAUAGUGUCUCGACUAUUGUCCCAAGUCAUGCGAAUGAAGAGUUAUCCAAGCCAGUUUCGGAAGAGGAGGUAAGGAAGGCUGUUUUUCAAAUGCAUCCAGACAAAAGUCCAGGCCCUGAUGGCAUGACCCCUGCUUUUUAUCAAAAAUGUUGGCAAAUUGUUAAAUGGGAUGUUACUCGAACGGUUCAGCAUUUUUUUGAGCAUGGCGUCCUUGAAGAUGGAUGUGGGGAAGCCAAUAUUGUCCUAAUCCAAAAGAAGAAAAACCCACAACAUAUGAAAGAUCUACGUCCGAUAGCUCUGUGGAAUGUCUUAUACAAAGUAAUCACUAAAGUCAUGACCAACCAGAUGAAGUCGUUCAUGAGUGAGAUUAUUGCUGAUUCUCAAAGUGCUUUUGUGCAGGGGCGUCUAAUAUCUGAUAAUGUGCUGGUGUCUUUUGAAGUCCUUCACUAUUUGAAACGGAAAAGAAAAGGGAAGACGGGUUUCAUGGCGCUUAAACUUGACAUGAGUAAGGCGUAUGAUAGGAUUGAAUGGUCUUUCCUCGAAGCAAUGUUAAGAAAGAUGGGCUUUGUGGAAAAUUGGAUUCGUCUAAUCAUGACUUGUGUUUUGACAGCCAAAUACAAAGUAAUCCAUGAUGCCUAUGAGGUUGGUCCGAUAUGCCCUUCUAGAGGCAUAAGGCAAGGGGAUCCUCUAUCUUCUUAUCUGUUCAUUAUCUGUGCAGAGGGUUUAUCAUCUUUACUUUAUAAGUAUGAAAGAAAUGGGUGGAUACAUGGUUGUAAAGUUGCUAAUGGUGCACCAAGAAUAUCUCAUAUGCUCUUCGCAGACGACAACUACCUUUAUUGUAAAGCAACACUUUAG